CGGCGGCGGCCUCGAGCGCUCGCUCGUUGAUGCCGUUCUCGGGGUGACCCGGCGCGGCUCCGCGGUGGCGGGGCGCUAGACGACGCCAGCCCAGCGACGCGGGAGCGGGACAUGCUGGAGCUGCGGCACCGCGGGGGCUGCCCCGGCCCCGGGGGAGCGGGGACGCCGCCACCCCGCGAGGGAGAGGCGGCCGGCGGACACGAAACCGAGAGCACCAGCGACAAAGAAACAGAUAUUGAUGACAGGUAUGGAGAUCUCGAUGCCAGGGGAGAUUCUGAUGUUCCCGAGAUCCCACCGGCCUCAGACAGGACCCCCGAGAUCCUCAAGAAAGCCCUGUCUGGACUCUCUUCAAGGUGGAAGAACUGGUGGGUCCGGGGGAUCCUCACCCUCACCAUGAUCUCCCUCUUUUUCCUGAUCAUCUAUAUGGGGUCCUUCAUGCUGAUGCUUCUGGUUCUGGGCAUCCAAGUGAAAUGCUUCCACGAGAUCAUCACCAUUGGGUACAGAGUCUACCAUUCCUAUGACCUUCCGUGGUUUAGAACACUGAGUUGGUACUUCCUCCUGUGUGUGAACUACUUCUUCUAUGGAGAGACGGUGGCGGAUUACUUUGCUACGUUUGUUCAGAGGGAGGAGCAGCUGCAGUUCCUCAUUCGCUACCACAGGUUCAUAUCCUUCGCCCUCUACCUGGCAGGUUUCUGCAUGUUUGUGCUGAGCUUGGUGAAGAAACACUACCGCCUGCAGUUUUACAUGUUCGCAUGGACCCAUGUCACUUUACUGAUAACCGUUACUCAGUCACAUCUUGUCAUCCAAAAUCUGUUUGAAGGCAUGAUAUGGUUCCUUGUUCCAAUAUCAAGUGUCAUCUGCAAUGACAUCACUGCUUACCUCUUCGGAUUUUUUUUUGGAAGAACUCCUUUAAUUAAGCUAUCUCCCAAGAAGACCUGGGAAGGAUUCAUUGGCGGUUUCUUCUCCACAGUCAUAUUUGGAUUCAUUGCUGCCUACGUGUUGUCCAAAUACCAGUACUUUGUGUGCCCAGUGGAAUACCGAAGCGACGUCAACUCUUUCGUGACAGAAUGUGAGCCCUCAGAACUCUUCCAACUUCAGAGUUACUCCCUCCCUCCGUUCCUGAAGGCGGUGUUGAGACGGGACACCGUGAGCUUGUAUCCCUUCCAGAUACACAGCGUUGCUCUCUCAACGUUUGCCUCACUGAUUGGCCCAUUUGGAGGCUUCUUCGCCAGUGGAUUCAAAAGAGCUUUCAAAAUCAAGGACUUUGCAAACACCAUUCCCGGACAUGGCGGGAUAAUGGACAGGUUCGAUUGUCAGUAUCUGAUGGCCACGUUCGUGCAUGUGUACAUCACAAGCUUCAUAAGGGGUCCGAAUCCCAGCAAGGUCCUCCAGCAGCUGCUGGUGCUUCAACCAGAACAGCAGUUAAACAUCUACAGAACCCUGAAGACUCAUCUCACUGAGAAAGGAAUCUUGCAGCCCACCUUGAAGGUGUAGCUGCCCGGAGAGGAUGGACUGCCAAGGAGGAGCUGGCCCAGCAGCUCUGAAGUCUUGCACUGAGCCGGCGUGGGGCUAAAAACUUGACAGAUGCAGGUUUUACAGAUGCGAAGGUUUCUUUCUCUGAAAUUACUGUGAAUAUUUAACAAACACGUGAUCUAAGUGAUGAGUGCAUAGCAGGCAUCCGCCCUUGAAAGCUACUAGACUUUUCUCAGAUGGAUUUUCCAAUGUUAACUUCUCUGCCCUCACUUGCUGGGCUCCAUAAUUUAGGACACUUGUGUUUUAAAGAGUCAAAGACUAUAAAUUGAGGCCCUCUUAGGGUUGUGCCCGGCAGUGUGGUCUUUUGCACAGACAUUGACCUUUGCACUGGGGACUGCCUCUCCGUGGCCGGAUGCUUGCUGCAGGCACAAGGGAGCCAG